ACCAGUCUCGCCGUUUAAGCAUUCGGCCCAUCUCGUCCUUGCAACACCAUGGGGGCUUUUGCUGAUUCCCGGGGCAUCAAUGGAUCCGAUUUAAUCUCCGCUCUUCAUCUCUCCCAGCAAGCGCCUGCGAUCCUCGGCCACGAUCCCUCCAACACCACGUCAACCGCUUCAUCCUCCGCAGAUACCGCGGAAGAGUAUGGCCGGACUGAACAGCUUUUUCUUGCCUGUCUGCGGACGGGUGAUGAUCUAUCUGCCCAGGCCUGUCUCGAUAGGUUAAGCUCCCGAUUUGGUGCCUCCAAUGAGAGGGUCAUGGGGCUCCGUGGCCUCUACCAGGAGGCGACUGCUAAAGACACCUCUGCCCUGGAGAAAUGCUUGAAGGAAUAUGAAACCAUUCUUGGAGACAAUCCGGUCAAUGUGCCCAUUCUAAAGCGUCGGGUCGCUUUGCUACGCUCGCUCCACCGGCCUGCUGAUGCGAUCGCUGCUCUCAUACAGCUCCUCGAUGCCAUCCCUACCGAUGCAGAAGCAUGGUGUGAACUCGCCGAUCUAUACCAGUCGCAGGGACUGGGUGCACAAGCCAUCUUUAGUCUUGAGGAGGCUCUUCUUAUCGCUCCUAAUGCCUGGAAUAUCCAUGCCCGACUUGGUGAAGUGCUCUACAUUAACACCUCCUCCCCCGACGGGGCCCAGCUUGCUAGCAAGUCGAUCCAGCAUUUCUGUCGAAGCAUUGAGCUCUGUGAUGAUUACUUGCGUGGUUUCUAUGGGUUGGCUCUGGCCUCAUCUCGCAUGCUAGAAAACGACUUUCAACAUGCCGCUGCGAUCCCGAAGACAACCCUUGACAGGCUGCAGCGCUUUUCUCUUCAGCGACUCCAAGAAAUUGUCCAGUCCCGGUCGAUAGAUGAUCAACACUGGGCAUCCAGUCGCAGUGAACUCAUUGCCGCCAAAGCCUUAUUGAAUCGCCUUCAGUCCACUCAAUAAUUCUGUAUUGGGUGUGAUGCUGUUCCGCCUGAUUUGGAUAUACCCCCUGUUUUUACUGUCUAAUGUU